AUGGCCGCCAUUCAAACCCUCCCUGACAAUGCCUUUGGCGACUUUGUGCGCAAUUGGGAUGAUGAGUGUGACCUCGAAAUGGUGGUGGAACCAUGCGAUAGAUAUGAUCCAGAAUCUACUUCGAGAGUCUUCUAUCCUAUCUGUCUUGGAGAAGUGCUUAACGGGAGAUAUCUUAUUGAACACAAGAUUGGCUUUGGUGGCGGGUCAACUGUAUGGAUGGCCCAUGACCUUCUGCAAAGGAAGGACGUUGCCCUCAAGGUCAUGGCCUUGGGGGAGUGGGCAGAGAACGAAAUUCGUAUGCAGAACGAGAUCAUUCAGCAUGUGCAGGAUACCUCGUCUCUGGUGACAUAUCUCGAUGCUUUCAUUCUCCCCAGAGACAAUGAUCAUCAUCAAGUCUUAGUAUUUCCCUUGAUGGGCCCAUGCGUUGACCGGGUUCUCCUGUUGAAAAUGCCUCCAACCGCUCGCAUGCCCGCUGCCCGAAAAUUGUUGGAGGCUCUAGAGAAGCUACAUCAAGCUGGCAUUGUGCAUCGUGACUUGAAUGAUAGGAACUGUAUGUGGGGAAUGACCCCUCUUCACCAUCUUAGCCGGAGUGCUAAGCACAAAGCGCUUGGUCGGCCAUUGAGGCAAGUCAUAGAUGACAUUGACCUGUGGAAACGGGGCGAGCUUGUCCAACCCCUUCAGGUCCCUGAGAGCCUACGGACCGAGGAUUUCUAUAUUGGAGACUUUGCCCUGGCAAAGAAGGUCGGUGAGUCCGCAACUCAACGGGGCUAUCCGCCGAUGCAUUUCUGCUCUCCAGAUCGCCUUCAUGGAAAAGAAACAGGCCCUGCCUGUGAUAUGUGGAGUUAUAUGAUUCUUUUUUCCGAGCUUUAUCUUGGUAUUCCACCGUUCAGUACUUUGUAUCCGGGUGGGAUUCUCAGUGCUAUCACCAAAAAUCUCGGACCCCUACCGGAAGAGUGGAAGGGUCUCUAUGUCUUCUCUGGAGGUCUUGAUUCGUGGUAUGACCAGAGUCAGGGGCCCGAUCCAGAUAGCUUAGAGUUUCUCGUUUCAUAUCACCGUCCCGAUGCCGACCCAACUGAACGACAGCAUUUGCUCACUCUCAUGAAGAAAAUGUUUACCUAUUGUCCUGAGGAGCGCCUGACCGCGACACAGCUCCUGUAG